AUGGGUACAACCCAGGGUGAGCGGAGCGAUGCAGCAGCUGAGGAACACUGGUGGGCCUUCCGAGAGGUCGCAAGUCUUCCAAGUUUCAAGAAGCUCAAAUUGAUGAUUACACCCAACAGGAUUGAGCCCCGAGAAGACGACGAGUGGCAGGAGCCUGCAGUCUACUCCACAAGAGAUCGAUUCGCUUUGGUCUCGAAGGUCCUGCCUGAGUGGUUCACCCCGUCUGCCGCCCGCAACCUCACUGUUCUGUCUCUUCACCAUGACGAGUUGUGGGGCUAUGCUCCCAAGUUCGACUUUCGCACCAUUGGUGCUGCACCGGAUCCGGGUCUUCCACAGCUACGAACUCUUUCUUUGUCGAGGUUCUGCUUCAGUCAUGAGUGGCAGAUCGACUGGAUUGCAUCUCUUGGGAAGGGAGGUCUCAAGGAGCUCUACCUGGACGAUUGUGUGCUGCUGUCUGUGGCGUACUGUUCGAUCGCUUCAGGAGAGGCAACGACAGAGCCCACCUGCGUUGAGGAUAUUGACGGCAACAAGAUUCAACUAUCCAAUCAUGGCUACUUGCCGGACUCGUGGCAAGGAGGCAACAGCUGGGAUCAGUGGUCAGUGUACUACCGCUCCAACCUCCAGUGGCACCAGUUCUUCAACCACUGGCGCAAGUCGAUGUCUUCUUUGAUGGUCUUCAGGAUGGGCUCCUCGGAGGCCCAUAAAACAUGGUCCCACGUCAACUUAUCUGACUAUUGGCUGGAUCCCCUACCUCGAACCACGAUCCCAUUGGGUGCCCACUGCAUCUUCCUGAAGGAAAACGCCCACAACAUGUUCCACGACGAUGCCUGGCGCGGGAACGCUAGGAUUGCUGAACUUAGAGUUCCAUUCUACGUCAAAUACAUGCCGGAGCCCCUUGAUAGCGAUAACAGGGAUCUUCGGCCAUGGACGUUUCUGCCGCCCAUGAAGCACGAGGCAAAAGGAAGCAAGCAAGCGGAUGAAGAGGAUAAGAAGCAGGAGGACGACGAUGUGAUGGCACUGUCAAUGCUGAGGCACGAGGUGCAAAGUCGCUCAAUGGGGUGGACAUCGUGA